AUGUCGCCAUUCCUGCAGCUCGUUGCUCUCUUUAUUAUCCUCAACGACUGCAGGAGUUAUGGUAAGUGACCACAUCUCUUCUAACCCAUCAACCUCCGCUUACUUUAGUAGUCGUAGUGGAGCCGGGCGAAAGAAUAGAAGAGGUCCCAGCGCUCUCGGAUCCAGUACUGCUCAGGAAAAGAAAGUCGAUUCUAGUGGGACUCAGCGAACAGACGGAAGAGGUGUGCAAGACCAAGAUCCGACAAAACUACCGGCCGCAGUUUGGGCAUAGUGAGUUUGAAAAACAACAUAAACAAUAAACAAUGUGAUGUUUAGUUGCGAAUGGAAGCCGAGUUGAGAUUCAGCAAGACGAGGAGAGUUUUUUGGAGGCCACAUUCGUGGAGUGCCUGGGAGAGAACAGACCGCCGUGCCACGGAGUCGACCACGAUCAGUACAUAUCAGAGUGUGUGACUGUGUACGAACACAGGCCCGCCAACGUGAGAGUCGCGAAGAGCAGUGGGCCUUAUUACCCGGCCACUGUGAGAGUAAGUUUAUCAUCCUUUCCUGUGCUCAAACAUGUUGUUCCUUUUCCAGGUUCCGAUCCUCUGCGAGUGCCGCCUGCGACGGCGGUUUCGGGAAUUCGAAAGGAGGAAAUAACUCGCCACCCCCUAUCUAGAUAAUGUAGCUUAACUCUCCCGAAUUGCCCGUAGAGUUCUUCUGUGCCAAUCUUUAAUUCCCACUAUCGCCUUCUCUCUGAUCUCCCUCCUUUCGGUGCCAUCUCUCGUUCAUAACAUGUUCUCAUCGUAUCCAUUCUUCUCCUUUUCUUUUAUAUACGUAUCUGCAUUUAUUUGUGGUCUCUCAUGAUUCAUCUGAUUCUUGCACAAGAUUGCCAAGAUAAAACUGUGUUUUCUUUUCUCAAACAGAAUGAAAAAUGACGAAUGGGAUCUAUUGUUCCACUUAUUAAUCUGUUUCCAGACACGGAAGGAAGGAAGCGAAUGAACCAAGAGAUUAAGUUUUCUUGUUUUUUCCUUCAAAACAUUGCUCUCCCAGUCUUCGGGAAUAACUGGAACAACGUUUUUUCGGGGAAGCAUUUAGAGUUCACUCAAACUGACCCCGAUUUUGCUUCGCUCCUUUAUUUCAACUAGUACUUACCGGUCUUUCGAGCUCCGAUUCUUCUAUGUUGCGAUCUGUCGUUCCUGCAAGAAAGGUUUCACAGCGAGUAUCUCAAGUUCUAGCCAAACUAUAGUUAUAACCGCUUUUCAACAACUUUAUCAAGUUUUCAACAUGCAAGUCUGAAAAAUGUUGGAAAAGUUUAAACGAUUCGGAUAAAAAUUCAAUGCGAAUUUUGGAAAAUUAUUCAACAGCAAAAUCAAGUACGGCAACCCGUGGCGCGAAAUGAUGCAAUCUUGUUACGACGCUCCGUCCUUAUGGGGUUAUUCAGGCUGUUAAAAAAAAAUGACUUUUUUCCGUUUUUUUUUUUCGUUUUUUUUUACGUCAAAUAAUCCAAUUCAGCGAUGUAAAAAAACGGAAAAUAAACAUACUUACGCCAAACAGCCCCAUUACACCGGCGCGUAAUUUAGCAUACGCGGGGAGGGGGAGACCGUGCCCGUUGUUGCACUGCACGUCGUAGCUGAUCGUUUGAACUUUGCGGUUUUGUGAAAUCGUAGACUAGUCUGCGUCGACUAUUACUCAUGUUGUUUUCAAUGAUUUACAGAUUCUCUAUCCAAUGUUUCACAACGUUUAUUGCAGAUUCAUACGGAAGUAUGUAAAAUGGUCUCCGGAGUUUUCGACUUGAAUCGUUUGUUCAAAAAAUUGGCUCCAGUAAAAUGUUGCAGUUUUUCCUUCAAUAUCUCUAAUAAAAUUGGUUAUUUCGCUGUUCUCCCCGCUUCUUCCACUCCACAGAACACCUUGACUCAUCCGGAAGAGCAACCAACAAAACGGCAGUUGUCGGUGUGUUUGUUGGAAAACAAACCAAUCACUGCUUCAUUCUCUUCUUCUUCAUUUUAGUGUGUCACUCUCGUUUGUGUAACAUAACAUCGGCUCAAGGACAGCCCGUCGCCACUUCUCAUUCUCGAAUCGUCGGCGCAGUCGUCGCCGGCUAGCGUCCUUCUAACCUGUUUCACUACUCUGCCAGUUAUUACGGGUUCGAAACAUCAUCGCCGCUCUUCUGUUUCAUUCGUUUUUCGGCCCAUUGUGUUUUCGUUUUCGACACGAAUCACUCGAUUUCAGCCAUGCGAAUCUCUUUCCUUCUACUCGUUUUCCUGUCGUUCGCGCUGGCCUGCGACAUCAUUGUCCAUCUGAAGUCGGACACCGACAAGAAGUUCAGCGGACAGCUCACCGCCAGCAACGGAAAGAAGUCGGAGAGGUACUUGACUUUCAGCGCACCUCAUCUUAAUCCUUACCUCUUCAGAUGGAGCUAUUUGAAGAAGCUGCAGAAGAACACGUUCCAGCAGAAGGCGGACGAGUGCGGACUGAAGGACUGGGAGAUCAGCACCUGGGAUGAGACGGGCAAGCCGGUGGCCUCGGUGAAGGUGACGCUCGACGGAAUCGGAAGAGUCACCUACAAGGUCGGCGACGACCUGAAGCCCGUUCAGAAGGAUCGUCAAGGAGCCGUUUGCAAGGGACAGUGCGCUCCACUGUAA